AUGGGCGGGGAACUGACCACAGGGAAUCAGAGCUUGUACUGUACUUAUCACAGAGAGAAAGAUCAUACUACCAAGCAAUGUCCUGUCCUAAAGGACCACUUUGAGCAGCUCGUAAAGUUAGAGCAUUUAAAGGAAUAUGUGGUUGGGCAAGGAGGGGAAAAUAUAGGCCAGGGUUCGGGAAGCCAAGGUAAUACACUUCCCCCACCCUUGGGAAUUAUUGAGGUCAUUCAUGCAACUUCCAUUGGUGUAAAUGUGAGUUGUCGGAGGGGCAUACUAAGUGUAGUGACCCCGCCCAAUAUAAAGGCGGAAUGUCAACCUGAGAAGAAGCCUAGGAAGAAUUUAGGCUCGAUCACCUUUGGUGAAGCGGGCUUGGAAGGAACGUCGCAACCAUAUGAUGAUGCCUUAGUGGUGACUUCACAAAUUGGAGGAUUCUUAGUGAAAAAAGUCAUGAUAGACCAAGGGAGCGGGGCUGAGAUCAUGUAUCUCGACCUGUACAAGGGACUAGGGUUGAAGCCUGAAGAUUUGAGUAAAUAUGACACACCGCUAGUAGGAUUUGAUAGGAAAGUAGUGUUGCCCGAGGGGGCAGAUAAAACUCUCAGUGAUAACCGAAGAAAGGAGGUCAAGGUAAAUUUCAUAGUGGCCUUUUCACCAUACACGGCGAUUUUAGGAUGGCCUUAG